AUGACAAUCAAAUUCACCGUAUACAAAGGCUCCAAGGAUGGAAUCAAGCAAGCGGAGACUGAGCGGGAGAACCUCAAAGGAGACGAAGUCCUGGUACGGACCACUCAUUCGGGAGUGUGCGGCACAGACGUCCACUUCCAGACAGCAGAAAUGGGCCUUGGCCACGAGGGAACAGGUGUGGUUGAGGCAAUUGGACCGGACGCGAAGCUUUUGAAGAAAGGCGACCGUGUGGGAUGGGGCUUUGGACAUGACUGCUGUGGUCAUUGCAGACAAUGUAUGACCGGAUGGGAGACAAUGUGCCCUGAGCGAAAAAUGUAUGGGGUUGACGAUCUCGAUCAGGGAUCUUUCGGCACCCAUGCCGUGUGGCGUGAGGCCUUUUUGUUCAAGAUCCCCGACAACCUAAGCAACGAGGAUGCGGGACCCUUGAUGUGUGGUGGAUCAACUGUUUUCAACGUCCUACAUAUGGCGCAAGUUCGUCCGACCGCGCGCGUUGGCAUCGUCGGUGUAGGGGGUCUGGGACACCUGGCUAUACAGUUUGCUGCAAAGAUGGGCUGUCAAGUUGUGGCCUUCUCCGGCACAGAUAACAAGAAGGAUGAGGCGAUGAAACUGGGAGCUGGCGAGUUUUAUGUGACCAGUGGUGUGAAGGAGUUGAAGGUCAAAGCUCCUAUUGAUAAUCUCAUUGUCACGACUAGCGCUCAGCCAGAUUGGCCAAUGUACUGCAAUAUAAUGGCGCCCGGCGGUGUCAUUUCGUCUCUGUCUGUCGAUUCAAAGGAUCUCAAAAUCCCGUAUAUGCCGUUGAUCCUGAAUGGUAUUCGGAUUCAAGGAGGCCUCGUGGCUUCGAGACAGGUCCAUAGGGAUAUGCUUGAUUUUGCUGCAUACCACAAGAUCAAGCCUAUCAAUAUGACCUUCCCUUUGACGUUGGAUGGAAUUAAACAAGCUCUCAAGACAUUGGAAGAAGGAAAAAUGCGUUAUCGUGGUGUGUUGGUGGCACCCUAG